AUGGAUCAACCAUUAACAGAGGAAGAAGAGGAUGAAAUCUGGGCUAGAAGUGUAGAGAAAUGGAAACAACAUAAAGAGGAAAAGAGAUUGGAACGUGAGAGAUUAAUAGCUCAGGGUAUAACGCCACCCGAGGACACUGAGGAUGACGAAUGGCAGAAUCUACCGAUUUUCAUGCAAGAGAUGCCACAAGGUUCGAAUCCAAUGGUCGACGCUCUACAGGCGAUUACAGACGAAUGCACACCGGAAGAGCUGUGCGACAGCUUCAAGGAGCAAGGAAACGAGCGUUAUCAACUCGCCAAUGCACCGACCACCAAAGAUCCAGAGGAAAAGAAACGUUACAGAAACGAAGCAAUCUAUUUCUAUAAUCGUGCUCUCGACGCCAAGUGCAAGGACAUGAAGCGAAACUCUAUGUGUCUAUCGAAUCGUGCCGCCGUCAAUAUGGACUUUAAAAACUAUGGACGUGUCAUUCAAGAUUGCAUCAUUGCAAUCGAGUUUUACGAGGGAAACGUCAAGGCUUAUUACCGUGCGUUGAAAUCGAUGAUUGCUCUCGCAAAGUAUGACGAUGCCGUCAAGCUUGGAGACCGUGCACUCGCAGUCGAGUCGAUCAAGGACAACAAGGAGAUAAAGGCAUUGCGAGACGAAGCUGCUACGGCGAUAGCAAAGAUCGCACGACGCAAACAAGAAAAGGAGGAAGAGGAGAGCAAGAAGCAAACCGAGCUAAUUACACUCGCCAAGAAACUGGCGACCAAGAAGAUGACUCUUGGCAAACCUAUUUUCGAUCUCACACAGUACAACACAAAGAUUUGGUUCGACGAUGACCGUGGUGUGGAGAGUGUCGGCGAAGGUCACUUCCCAACGGUGUUUCUCUAUCCAGAGUUUAGCCAGAAAGACUACAUCGUAGACUUCCAAGAGGGUUGUACAUUUGGUGACCAUCUUGAAGUGAUGUUUGAACAGCAGGCACCAUGGGACAAAGAUCACCGCUACCGAAUGGACACUAUCGAAGUUUAUUUCCAAACCAAUUGGACAGAAACAAUACUGCCAGAUACCAGCAAAAUAGACAGAACAAAGAAGAGAUGGAUACGUGUAAAACACACCACUACCAUCGACACGGUACUUUCACAUCCGGAAUACAUCAUUCCAGGCAUACCAAUUUUCUAUAUACUUUCAAAGGAUUCUAAAUUCGCCAAAAAGUUUUUAACUGGUGAAACUUAA